AAUGAAACCGUGUUCAUAGCGGCCAACAUCAUCGACGGUCCUCUCAUAAAUGGUGUAUGGGGCAAGUCAAUAUUGGAUUUGGUGGACCUGAUUGGGAAGGAUCGAGUAUACGUGUCGAUAUACGGCGGGCCAACCGUUGCCCUGAAGGAGUUGGAGGCGAAGUUGGAGUGCGGGAAGAGCAUCGUGUCAGAGGAAGAGGACCCGAUUGAUUUGGAUGGCUUCACACGCACCAAGUUGCCGACGGGUGAGAGUAGGAUCAAGCGCAUUGCAUACCUGGCUGAGGUGCGGAACCGGGCGUUGAAACCACUCGAUACACUGUCGCAGAGAUACGACAAGCUGCUCUUCAUCAAUGAUGUUAUCUUCAAGCCCCAGGACGCCACGAGGCUACUGUGGGGAACCAAUGUAAAUGAGGAGACGGGGAAGACGGAGUACAAAGCGGCGUGUGGGGCGGAUUUCAUCAAGUUCUGGAAGUUCUACGAUACCUUCGCCACUAGAGAUAAUGAGGGGUAUAGUAUGGGCGUACCCAUAUUUCCCUGGUUUGCCAACGCGGGAGAGGCAGAGAGUAGGAGGGAUGUUCUGCAUGGGAAGAGUGCGGUUAGGGUGAAGAGCUGUUGGGGCGGAAUAGUGGCUUUUGACGCGCGGUACUUCCAGCGUGAUCCAGAGGUCGGAAAGAUUGGCACCACGCCGCCAGAAGAGCACACGAAUUUGGAUCCUCCACGGCAUGUUGACGCUGGCCAAGAGAAGAGGGCAGAUGAGAACGUCCUCCAGCCAACGCUCCCCUUACGGUUCAGGGCAAGUCCCGAGCCGUUCUGGGACGCCAGCGAAUGCUGUCUUAUCCACGCAGAUCUCAUGGCUGCUCCCUCUCCCACUACCCCAGCCACCCUUCCUCCUCACUCCGGUUUCAUGCAACACGCCCCAGCCAACAAGGAGCAAUGGGGUGCCGGAAUCUACAUGAACCCCUACGUCCGCGUCGCCUACGACGCCAACACCUACUCGCUGCUCUGGAUGAUGAAACGUGUCGAGCGCCUCCUCGUCCUCCCUCAAGGCCUCAUCAACCACUUCGUACACAUGCCGUGGUUUGACCCACGGAGGACUGAGGUUGCGGGCCAGAUAGUCCAGGACCGGCUAUGGGUCCCGUCGAGCCACUAUGUAAACUACUCGCGGACGGCUGGGCGCGGCGGCUUCUGCGGUAUCCGGCGCCUCCUCGUUCUCAAGGAAGGCAAGUGGGGCGAGGACGGCGGCGGCAACUGGGACACCCUAGACGUG